GUAUUUCUCUAGAAAAAGCUAGUAACAAUGAUAACUAUCUUAACUCUGUAUUUACCGAAUUUUUUUAUUUCGAUAUCUAUUCGAAAAACUACGUAUAAAAUGGGGAAAUUCGUCCGUAAACUUAACAUUUGUUUUGUUUAAAUUGCACCAUGAAGUGGUUAAUUGUUGUGGCAUUCUGCUUAUUUUCGUCAGCUUUUGCUUUCGAAAAAAAUCUUCAAUUUGACGGGCAUAGAGAUAUUGUGGAUAGAUUGAAAGAGGAAUUGGUGAACCCUAAAUUGGGUGUUUCAGGUGUUUCUGCUAUAAUUAACGAAUAUGCAGACAGGCUUUUAGCGAAUUUGGAUAAAAAAAUCACUAAUAGUAGUUUAGAUCCUUUGGAUAUUCCUGGGUAUGAUCAAAAAUUUUUGGGUGAAGAGACAAAAUUGAGCAAAGGAAAACUUCAUGGCUUGUCCACAUUACAUCGCUAUAAAGAUUGCAUUAUAACUUACGAAAGAACCGAGGACGUGUUAACUGUACAAAUUCCCAUACAAUUUAAUGACAUUUCGUUUACCUAUGAUUAUUUGAUCAAAGUAAUUUUGAUCCCUUACAAAGGCGGUGUAACGGGAAAAAUGACCAAUUUUAGGAUGAAUUAUGUUUUCAGUUUGGAUUUAAACACUUACCAUGUGGCUUUGAAAACAUCUGAAAUAACCCACUCUGGAUUUAAAAAAUUCAAUUCAUUAUAUCGCAUCACUAUGAAAUUUUUGGUGUUUUUCGUGGCUUGCAUCGCCUUGGCCAAGGCCAAUUAUGCUGAAUUAAUUUCGCAAAAGUAUGAAAGCAGCACUUUUGAGAUCCCCCAAGAUGUUGCCGAAGAUUUUUUGGUCCUUGCAAGAGCAGCUGAACAAGGGCUCGAAUCUGGAACAUCCGCUGUUAUAAAUAAUUACACUGACAGACUUUUGUUAAACAUUGGUAAAUUUAUCGUGCACUCUGGUAUGGACCCCAUGGAAUUGCCUGAGUUGAACCAAAAAUUGAUCCCAGUGGGUCAUUUCUACCUUACUGAAGGAUGGCUUCAAGACACCUCCACCAUUGGUAGAUACGGAGAUGUAAUUGUAAGCUACAGCCAUGACAAAAAAUUCUCCAUUGAGAUGCCACUCUUGUUCGACGAUCUUCAACUGACCUACAACUACAAGGUCAAAGUAGGUCUUGUCUCCUACAAGGGCGAAGUUCUCGGCAAAAUUAAGAACCUAAAAAUGAAAGCGAUCCUCGACUUCGACUUCAACACCUACCAGGCUUCUCUGAAGAAAUUCGACAUGACCAAAACCGGAACCCUAACCCUGAAAUUCACCGGAAACGUUCUCGUUGAUUGGCUCGUCAACGCAAUGAGUUCAGCUGUUUCACUGCUCCUUCACCCAAUCAUCACCAGAAUCAUGACAAACUUAGUCAAGUUGCCACUUGAAUCUGUUGUCAGCAUGGUCAACAAUCUUAUCAACAGCAUUUUGUUCCCCGCUACUACCACACUGGCACCUGUGCUUUUGUAAGACAAUUCAUUUAAUAAAUUAUUUUAAUUAUUUGUUUGUAUCAUUCAUUAAAUCAGUUAAAACUAUAACGGCUGAUGACAGUGCGCUAUGGACG